CGGCGUGGAGCGCCGAGGCCCCCGCGCGGUGCAGCCUGGGAAACCCGGGCUCGCCUUUCCCGCCCCCCGCGUCCCUCGGCGGAGCCGGCCGGAGGCCGAAGGGUGAAAUUAGCAUACCUGUUGUCUUGACUGGCCAGCAAGUUCUCACUUUUCAAGCCAUCAGGAAGCUUGAAGAUAAUAUGGUCUGAAUUCACAGUGAAUUUCUGAACAUCGAAGUUGGUGUUGACCAGGCCGCCCUGGUCAUAGGUUCCUGAUUGUCCACGAUGGGUGAACCACAGCAAGUGAGCGCGCUUCCCCCACCUCCAAUGCAGUACAUCAAGGAAUAUACAGAUGAAAAUAUUCAAGAAGGCUUAGCUCCCAAGCCUCCCCCUCCAAUUAAAGACAGUUACAUGAUGUUUGGCAACCAGUUCCAAUGUGAUGAUCUUAUCAUUCGCCCUUUGGAAAGUCAGGGCAUUGAACGGCUUCAUCCUAUGCAAUUUGAUCACAAGAAAGAACUGAGAAAACUCAAUAUGUCUAUACUGAUUAAUUUCUUGGACCUUUUAGAUAUCUUAAUAAGGAGCCCUGGGAGUAUAAAACGAGAAGAGAAGCUAGAAGAUCUUAAGCUGCUUUUCGUACAUGUGCAUCAUCUUAUAAACGAAUAUCGACCCCACCAAGCAAGAGAGACCUUGAGAGUCAUGAUGGAGGUCCAGAAACGUCAACGUCUUGAAACAGCCGAGAGAUUUCAGAAACACCUGGAACGAGUAAUUGAAAUGAUUCAAAAUUGCUUGGCUUCUUUGCCUGAUGAUUUGCCCCAUUCGGAAGCAGGGAUGAGAGUUAAAACUGAGCCAAUGGACACUGAUGAUAACAGCAAUUGUACUGGACAGAAUGAACAACAAAGAGAAAACUCAGGUCACAGGAGGGACCAGAUUAUAGAAAAAGAUGCUGCCUUAUGUGUCCUAGUUGAUGAAAUGAAUGAAAGACCGUGAAGAGUAUUUCUUUUUUUCUUUUAGUGAGUAGCAUCAUAUAUUAGUUUAUUUUCUCUUGGGCUGUCUUAAGAGGUAUAACUAAAAAUAUAAAGGACUUUUUUCAAUUGAAAUGCUGUACGUGGCAAUUUAACAGUAAGUAUAGGCAAGAAAGUAUAUUUGAGUCAUGUCCAUAAAAAAGCAGAAUGCUUGCUAUUGUAUGGGAUAGUCCUAUUUUUGGAGUUGGAAUAAAGAUUUGAAGUAAUAUUGAACUGUUAUUCUUGGGGAAAAAAGUUAUUUGCUUUAAGACUAAUAAAGGCUAUCAAAUUAAACUGUGAAA